CUCUGAUCAUGCUGGUCAUCAUCUCCCUCGAUAAUCUUUGGACUACGUAUCUCAACCUAUACCUCACCUAAUCUCGAAGGAUCAAAAAGCCUAAUUACAUACCCAACCUCGAAACUAUGCCCGCCGUACCUCAAGGUUCCCUCAUUCUCGUCUCUGGUGCCUCGGGCUUCAUCGCCGUACAUCUAUGCUCUCACUUGCUCAUGAACGGCUACCGAGUCCGGGGAACCGUCCGUUCUACCGAAAAGGGCGAGUACUUGAAGAAGCUGUUUGACGGGGUCGGAAAGUUCGAAUAUGUUAUCGUUGAGGAUAUCGCCAAGCCCGGCGCUUUCGACGAAGCCGUCAAGGGCGUCGAUGGAAUUGCUCAUACCGCCUCUCCCUUCUACCUGGACGCGCCGACGACGGACGAGUUGAUCAAGCCUGCCGUACAAGGGACUGUGGGGAUCAUGGAGAGCGCUUUGAAGAAUUGCCCUCAACUCAAGCGCCUCGUGAUCACCUCCUCCGUCGCAGCCGUCAUCGUCCCUGAACCCACCGGUGAUCGUCACAAGAACGGAGCGCCUUACACGUUCACCGAAGAGGACUGGAACACUUACUCUCCAGGAGUCAUCGAGAAGGAAGGUCAUGAGGCUCCGGGAGCGGACAAGUACAGGGCUAGCAAGACCUUGGCGGAGAGGGCGGCCUGGGACUUUAUGGAGAAGAACCAUCCUUCGUGGGAUUUCGCUACGAUCAACCCGCCUCUCGUCCUGGGACCUGUCAUGCACCAAGUCUCUUCCCCCGAGUCGAUCAACACCUCUGUCGCCAACUUCUGGGGAUUCACCCAGGGCAAGAAGACGGAUGACGAUCUCAAGGAAGCUAUGGGCAACUGGGUUGAUGUCCGCAACGUCGCCGAAGCUCACGUCUUGGCCUUGACCAAGCCCGAGGCGGGUGGGAACCGAUUCAUCGUCUCGGCCGGACCUCUGAACGGGCAAGAUAUCGUUGACAUCAUCCAUGACUUCCCUGGCGACAAGAUCCCCAACGUCCCCGUCGGCCAACCCGGUAAGGGCGCCGAGAUCCGGGCCAAGACCAACAUCCACAGCGGGGCCAAGGCGGAAAAAGAAUUGGGCAUCAAGUACGUGUCGCUGAAGGUCAGCGUCGAGGACAUGUACAAGAGUUUGCAGGAAAAGUUUGACAAGUCGGGAAGCAAGGAGAGUAGGACCGAGUGAGAGCCAGAGGCAGGCUCGGCGGUGGAGGUGUCCCAAACCUGAAGUCGAAAGAAAGGUUGUAGCGUAAAGAAACAAAUGAUGCAAAGCGAAAUCAGAGAUCAGAAUUGGAUCAUCGAUGUCAGUUGGACAGAGUCUGUCAUCGAGAGCCGAGAGUGUAAUGUCGAGGUUUCUAUUCGUCAUCGAGUUUGCCCUCGGG